UCCGCCCCUACCGCCAUCAAGCGCUUCCAGCGACUGCUCGUACAGGGUGGCAGUCUACUGACUGGUGAUGCUCUGAGACGGCUGAUCGUCUUCGACUUCAACGGAGCUCAGCCGGUCAGUGGCGCGUUGGGCGGAGCCACCAAAGCUGCUUCUAUCGAGAGCUAUCCGUUUUCCGCCGGACUCGGCAUCAGCCUGACGGUUGGCUUCCUUGAGCCCUGCGGGAUCAACACGCCCCAUGUGCAUCCACGCGCCGCCGAGUUCCUCGUCCUUGUGCAGGAAUCCAGUCUGCGAUUCGGCAGCGUGCUGGAGAACGGACUCGUGGGGCCUGAGCAGGACCAGGAGAUUGCUGGUGUUUUGAGUCAGUUCGAGGGUACCAUCUUCCCGCAAGGCAGCAUACACUACCAGUUCAACGAUGCUUGUGAGAAGGCAGUCUUUGUCGCAGCGCUGGACUCCGACGACCCUGGGACGAGCUCCAUAGCGCAGAACCUGUUCAGCCUCGACGCAGGGGUCUUGAACGCUACCCUAGGCUAUCCCAAGACUGUUGACGGCCGCAACUACGAGACGUUCAGGAAAGCGAUUCCGGCAAACCUAGCGCAGGACGUCGGCAGCUGCCUUGCGAGGUGU